CAAAAAGCCGAAGUUCCCGAAAACGCAGAUGUGCAAAAGUACACAGAACAGAAUCUAAGAAAAGGAAAGGAGGUUGAUGAGACAAAGCAUUUCCCUCACCUGCAAUGGGUCUGUAUGUAGCCGUGUAACCUCCCACUCACAAUAGCUUUUUGUAGGGACUGGAAGAACCUGUUCUGUCCCAACUACAUUCUGUCCCUGUUUGUUGCAGUUCUCUGGCUGGUCUGAAGUCCUUGAAAGUUCGUUGUCACAGUGGCAACUUCCGCCUGCUUGGGGAUAUUUAUAUAUGGGAGCAGCACACCAUCGCAGGCGUGUGGGGACUGGGGUGUCGGCUUACAUGGUCGCUUCAGCCAUAUAAGGACAAUCACUUCAGUCUGUGAAGAGCUUUAUCACUUACCAGCUGAAUCAGGCCAUAGCAGUUUUUCUUUUUAAAAAAUAUACUUUCAGUAUUAUAUUUAUUAAAAACUGUAGACAUUAUGAAAAAAGUCAGUAUUUGGAAUUGUAUACUGCUUGGCUAACUUAACACUAAAUAUAGACCAACAGUUUUAUUGCCAGGAUUUAUGGAUCUCAUAGGAGCACCCGUACACUGAAGCAAGGCAGAGACAACUACAGAAUUUGUAGAAAGCUUUGUCGUAGUUGCUCCUGAAUAAUUAGCUUUUUUUUUUUUUUUCCUAUCCCCCCUGGUAACCUAGCAGUCAAAGCUCACAUUUUUGGACAAUGAAUCACUCUUCCUGGGACUCAAGCUCUCGUGGCAUUCACGAAGAUGGAAAGCUCUAUGUUGUUGAUUCCAUAAAUGACUUAAACAGACUCACCCUCUGUCCUGCAGGAUCACAGCAUCUGUUUCCUCUAGAGGAGAAAAUCCCAAACCUUGGUACAAACGCAGGAAAUGGAAGCCGGAGUCUGUUUUUUGUGGGGCUGCUAAUUGUGCUGAUUGUCAGCCUGGCACUGGUUUCCUUCGUGAUAUUUCUAAUAAUUCAAACUGGAAACAAGAUGGAUGAUGUGUCAAGAAGACUGACAGCUGAAGGAAAGGACAUAGAUGAUCUUAAGAAAAUCAACAAUAUGAUCGUCAAGCGACUCAACCAGCUGGACUCUGAAUAAAACUGAGGAGCUGAUUUUCCAAGAGCUACGGCUAACACCAGGAGAUUUUCACUUUACUGGGAGUGUACAGAAUUAGGAAUUGAGGAAGUGGAUUUCUGCAGAUGAUCUGAUCAGCGAACCCGACCCUAGGGCCCAAUUUCUGCAGCAGGGAUGGGGGUAAUUCCAAGGCAAACGGAUUUGAGAAUAGCAGCUGGAAGGGGAGACCUUGUCUCAGCCUCAUUUCACUGUGGGGUGCUUCAGCUUUAGUGGGACUGAGAGUGACUAUCAGAAGGAGAAUCAACAGAAAGCAAGAUAAUUCAUAUACAUAUGCCGGGUUUUCAAAAAGCCCAUGAAAAUGCAAAUUAUGAAAAAAUAUGCAUGGAUCUUUUUGGGGCACUAAAAUAAACUCAUACUUUAAUUCCAUUUCCCCACAAUCUUUUUGAAGUCUCCCUGUACAAAUUCUGUUACAAAAAGAGCUUUGUCAUUAGAACAAGUUCAAUGUGCCCAUGAAGUUCAGGAUGUUUUAUGUACCUUUACACUUUCCUAUGAAAGUCUAACUAACGAGUUCAUUGAACUUCAUGUUAAAGGGAACCGGCUCUUUUUUAAUCAAAGAGAUUCUGCUCAGAUGACUAGACUUUGACUCUAUUUCCCCAUGGCAAUGGGAUGGGCUUCAGAUCUAGCUGCUGUCCAGGUUUUGUUGGUAAAGCCAUGAGUAAUAAUUAUGCAUAUGAUGGGAAUAGGGGUCCGAAGAGAAAACCUAAUUAAGUAACUCAGCUAAUGCUAAGCUUCUACUCUAAAAAUCACCCUCUUCUAGAGGAGCUUAUAGUGGAGUGCAGAACAAAGGAGAUUAUAUAUAAUUAUAUGAGAUUUGUUUACUUUGUUUCUCAGAAACAAAACAAAACAAAAUACCCUUCUGUACCCUGUUGAUUAAUUUGGAAGAAACCUGGUAGAUUUGUGGCCUUUGCUAAAGUGUCUGUGUAUUUGGCAUCUGCCCUGGUUUAGCACAACAAGUAAGGCACACAGUAAAUGAUUUAAGAUGCAAUAUGAAAUAAAUAAGUUUAACAAGCACAGGAGUCUUAGAACAUUUUUUAAUUUGCAUAAAUUGUGCAAGUCAAUUUAAGAACGUAUUAUGAUUCGUUAUUUUGAGUUUCAAAAACAUUUGGGUUUACCCAAAAAUUAAACACAUAUAUCCACAUAUUUGAUAAUAAUAAAUAGUUAAUGAAACGAACACAAGACUUGUACUUACCUAUGCUUGCCUAAAACAAUAGUUGCACUGAAUUUUAAAAAAAUAUUUUAUUUAUUAUUAUUAUUUUA